AUGAGUCGUAAAGUAAAGUCUAAGCCUUCGAGAGGAAGAGCCCAGAACGCUUUAGAAAUUGCAGCUCGGGAACUGGACAGUUCCAGCGAUCAAGAGAGCGGAUUUUCACGGGAUCCCCGUCGUAACGGAACAGUUAUUAACCCACACAGAAAAGGAUCCGACGAUGAGGAGGAAGAGUUUGAAGAUGAUGAUAUUGACUCUGACGAAGCUUUAGGCUCGGGCGAUGAGUUGGACGUAAUGAACUCAAAAUUCUCACAGACCAUAAGAGAUCGACAAAAAGCCGGAAAAAGUGCAAGCUUAAGCCUCGAUGACGAGGAUGAUGGUGGCUACACGUCAAUAGAUGAGGACGAUUUGAUGCCCUUGUCAGCUGUUUGGGACAUGGAUGAGAAAACUACUGGAGCCCAGGAUUCUUUGAAUUUGGAUGACAAUGACCAAGUAGAAGAGGAGGAGCAGUCCGAUGGGGAUGAUGAUGAAAGCGAAGAUGACGAUGACGACGAAGAAGAGGAGGACCCUUUUGAUGAGGUCUCGGAAGGAGAAGAAGAUAUCGAGCUCAACACUGUUACCGCUAAUCUUCGUAAAGCAUCCGAAAAAGCACAAUACCGCAGACUCGACAACGCGGCAAUUGGUGAAGAAAAUGAAUAUGCUUUGCCCUCUUUCUCUAGCGACCGCAAGAAGCUCAAUCUUGCUGAUAUGAUGAGUGUCAUUGAAGACAAAGAGGCGGUAGAAAAAGCAGGACUCAUCAAAGGUAAAACACAAGCGCUAAGCGUGCCUCUUCCACAGCGUAUUCAGCAAAGGCACGACCGUAGAGCAGCCUACGAAAUCUCCAAAGACGAAGUCAGUAAAUGGAGGGACGUUGUGCAGCAGAAUAGACAAGCUGAACAUCUUUCUUUUCCUUUAAACCCACAAACUCAGCAUAACGAUGGCUCUAUGUUCACUCCGUCAGAAAAGUCUGUCGAAACCGAACUCGAGCAAAAAGUUGAUUCCUUACUCGAGAGUAGUAAUUUGGCGAAUCCCGAAAAGGAAUCCACUUUUGAAGAGAUUGACACAGCUAAGAUGUCUCCCGAAGAGAUGAGAAAAAGAACGUCAGAACUUCGUCUCAUGAGAGAACUCAUGUUUAGAGAAGAAAGAAAAGCCAAGCGGAUCAAAAAGAUCAAGUCUAAAGCUUACCAUCGCAUUAAGAAAAAGGAACUACUCAAGAACAAGGAGUUGAUAGAAGAUUCGGAAGAUGAAAGUGAUACAGAGCGCGAUGUUGCUAGAGCCCGUGAAAGAAUGUCUUUGAAACACAAAACAACCUCAAAGUGGGCUAAAGACAUGGUAAAGCAUGGUAUGACGAAGGACAAGCAAACUAGGGACGAAAUGGAAGAGAUGUUGAGACAAGGAGAGCGUUUGCGCGCCAAGGUGGUUGGUCAUGAUUCUGGAAGUGAGAGCGAUAGUGACAUCAGUGAUGUUGAGAAAGAUGACAAUUCGAGAUCUACUCAAGAAGAAUCGAAACUGCGCGGAAACCUUGGUAAGACUGGCGUUAUGAACAUGGCUUUUAUGAAGAAUGCUGAGUCAAGGCGCGCCGAGGCAAACAAAGAAGCCAUAUCACAACUGAGAGCUUUAGAAUCGGGUCAGGAACCCUCAUCUUCAACCGAAGACAAUGAAAGCAACGGUGCAAAUAUCAACAUCAAUGCUGGAAGAAGGGUGUAUGCGCCAGGUACUGAAGAAUCCAUAAACGAACUAAACAGAAUUGAAGAAAGUUUAAAGCAGGAUGCUGAGGAUGAUAACUCCAAAUCUUUGAGCACCAGGAUGGCCAAGAGUGGCAACAAGAAGAAUAAAAAACACAAGCAAGAGAAGGCCUCUGAGAAGAAGUCGAGCGCGGAAAAGGGUGAGGGAGAAAGCAAUCCGUGGUUAGAAGGCAGUGAUGAUGAGCAGCAUGUCAAAAGAUCUAGCAAAGUCAAAAUUGUGGAUGAAAACAGUUCAAAGCUCUCAAAAAGUGCCAACAAAAUAGCCAAGGAAAAGGCUAAGCAAACCUCCAAAUCAUCGGGGAAACGUAAUAGAGACGAGGACCAACUUCUGGAUGUUGAUAGUGAAAAUAAAAUGCAACUUCUAGACCCAUACGAUCAAGGAGGUGAAGAUGUUGAUGGGUUUAUGUUCAAGCAGCAAGAUGUUAUAGCGGAGGCAUUCGCUGGUGAUGACGUGGAAGACAAAUUUCAGCAAGAAAAGAAAAGAGUGGCCAUUGAUGAAGAUGACAAGGUUGAAGAUGUCACGCUUCCUGGGUGGGGCGACUGGGCUGGGGCUGGUGCUGCACCCACUAAGAAACGUAAGUUUAAAAAGGUCAAGGGCACUGUGGAGAAAGACAAACGUAAAGACAAGAACUUGAAGAAUGUGAUUAUCAAUGAAAAAGUAAACAAAAAGAACCUAAAAUACCAAUCGUCAGCUGUUCCAUUCCCAUUCGAAAGUAGGGAACAAUACGAAAGAUCUCUGCGAAUGCCUUUGGGUCAAGAAUGGACGUCCAGAGCUUCUCACCAGCGCAUGAUCAAGCCUAGGAUCUUGACAAAGCCGGGAAUGGUUAUUGACCCUCUCAAAGCGCCUUUCAAAUGA